AUGGCUAAGGUUCAGAAGCUUCCGAUUGCUAAGGCAACUAUGCUUGUAGAUUUAAGGGCAAAUUUGUUUCCAAGGAGUGCAAAAGGAAAACCUCAAAAGAGCCCCACGGCUGCCACUGGAACUACUAAUACAAAGAGUCCUAGAUUUUCUAGGGUUAACUCUAAGAAGAAGCAAGAGGAGAGGAUCAAAAUUAACCGGGUGUUAUCGACUUUGGAUGAGCAGCUACAAGAGUCAACUACUGAGGAUGAUUCUGCAGUGCAAAUCACAAACGAAAACCAGGCAAAAGCUAAAGCCAAGAAGAUAUUCUGCAAUGUGGCCAAGCCAGGGUCCAAGUAA